AUGGUCUAUUCGCUUCCGCUUGGUGCUGGUACGACUUUCCGCGACGGAUCUAUCGAUUUUUCAUGGGUUGCCAGUAAUUGUAAUAGUGGCGAUCAUCUUGUGGCUGGUGAUCUCAGUGCUGAUUAA